AAAUGAGCCAGUGGAAGCAAAUUCAGCAGCUGGAGAUGAGACUACUGGCGCGUGUGGAUGAGUUGUAUGAUGAUAAUUUUCCGAUGGACAUCAGGCAGGGUCUGGCCGGUUGGAUCGAGGCACAGGAUUGGGAGUCGGCGUCUGCCAACGUCUCCAUGGCGGCGGUGCUGUAUUCCAACAUGUUGUCCCAGGUGGAGGUGGCAUUGUCUCAGGAGCUCAACUUCCUGCACAGACACAACAUGAGGAUUACGCAACAGCAUUUACAGAUGAAAUACGCCAGCAACCCGGUGGCCAUGUCUAGAGAGAUCGCCAACUGCCUCGAAGAAGAACGGCGGAUCCUCUCCAGCGCUUGCGUGCAGCAGCAGAGCCCACUGGAGAAAUCACUACAACUGCAAAAUUCGGCCGUCCUCGAGAGGCAAAAGAACUUAGACCACAGACUCGGGAUGAUCCGGACUAGUGUGCAGAUCAUGGAGCAAGGAGUCAAGUGCAUCGAGAACAUGCAGGAUGAUUUUGAUUUCCGCUACAAGACCCUUCAGUCUCGAGAGCCAUCGGAGAGGAACUCUGAGUUGAUGAAACAGGAAGUAACCAGACUACAGGAAAUACUCAACAGACUCGAUUUCAAAAGGAAGGAAAUCUUGUCCAAGAUGGCCGUGGUCAUCCAGGAGAUGGACGACCUGAUGAGCUCUCAGCUCAGCGUUGAGCUCCGGGACUGGAAGCGCCAACAGCAAUUGGCCGUCAUCGGGAGUCCGCUGCUCACCGGCCUUGACCAGCUGCAGACUUGGUUCACUCUGACGGCGCAGAGUCUGUUCCAGCUCAAGCGGCAACUGGACAAGCUCGGAGAGCUGGUUUUGAAAGUCACCUACGAGAGCGACCCCAUCCCCGCUCAGAAGCCUCGCAUGGAGGAACGCCUCAAAUGCCUCAUCUAUCACAUCAUCAAGAAUUCCUUUGUGGUGGAGCAGCAGCCCUGCAUGGCCACACAUCCGCAGAAACCGCUGGUCAUCAAGACCGGGGUGCAGUUUGUCACAAAAGUCAGGCUCCUGGUGAAACUUCCAGCGGUGGAUUAUCAGCUCAAAGUGAAAACAACGUUUGACAAGGACCUCCCCCCCGGCCGUGUAAGUCGGCAGUUUUUCAUCGUGACCAAUACCACCAAAGUCAUGGACGCGGACGAGGUCAACGGCUGCCUUUGCGCCGAGUUCCGACACGGGCUGAAGGAGAAGAAGUGCGGCAAUUCCGCUAAGAGCAAAGAGAGUCUGCUUUUUGUAACAGAAGAGCUUCACUCUCUGAGUUUUGAGGCCCACUUGACAACGCAGGGCCUCAACAUUGACUUGGAGACGUCUUCCCUGCCCCUGGUGGUCAUUUCCAACGGGAUUCAGAUGCCGGGCGCCUGGGCCUCCAUCAUGUGGUUCAACCUUUUGAGUCACGAGCCCCAGAAUUUGGGCUUUUUUGGCAGUCCGCCGCCAGCCACCUGGGCUCAGCUGUCUGAGGUUCUUAGCUGGCAGUUCUGCACUAACUCCGCUCAGGGUCUCAACAAGGAACAGAUUGACAUGUUGGGAGAAAAGCUUCUUGGUCAACACUGCUCCAAUAGUGACCAAGUCCACUGGUCCAAGUUUUCCAAGGAGAAUAUUCCAGGCAAGCCUUUCAGUUUCUGGGUAUGGCUGGACUCUAUUCUGGAAUUGAUCAGGAAGCACUUGCUGCCUGUGUGGAACCAAAACUACAUCAUGGGAUUUGUGAGUAAAGGGAAAGAGCGCACUCUGUUGCGGGACAAGGAGUCGGGCACCUUCCUCCUGCGCUUCAGCGAGAGCCAUCUUGGAGGAAUCACCUUCACCUGGGUGCAGCAUGGCGACGACGGAGAAGCGACGUUCAACUCAGUGGAGCCGUACACCAAAAGCUUGCUGAGCACGCUCCCCUUUCCUGACAUCAUCCGCAACUACAAAGUGAUCUCCGACGGGCUGGUCCCCACCAACCCGCUCAAGUUCCUCUAUCCUGACAUUCCGAAAGAUAAGGCCUUUGGGCAGCUUUACAACAAUCUACCGAGCAAAGCGAAUCCAUACAUACCGUCCACUCUGAUCCCCUGCUCGGAAAUGCGCAGCUCCAAUGUGAGCCCCCCGUCGGCCCCUUGUGAUUCGCCCCAGCCACCCAUGACCCCGGGAGAGUUUGACAUGCUUAACCAGACCCUGUGCUUCGACAUGGACGUUAUGAAUUCUGCCUAUUGAGAAGAAAAGCGGACUGACAGGAUGCAAACCAAGAAGAAGCUGCUCACGUCAUAGCUUGCUGUGCAUUUUGUUCAUAUUUUGGCUUUUUAGUGCGCAAUUGCACGUUUUGUGUGGUCCAGGGAGUAAAUAAAGGCAAAGCAAUUAUUUGCAUAAUAAAAAGAUGUCAAGAAAA